UAAAGUUACAGUGAAGUCAGGCUGUGAUUUUUUCUGACGACGUAUGUUUAUAUUGUAUGUUUGUCGUUAUUUGUGGUGUCAGUGUCCCAACAACUAUAACGACUGGAUAAGGAAACCGGGGACCUAAAAAUGGCUUCCACUUUCGACCUUUCAAGGCGAAAUCCGCAAGAGGAUUUCGAGCUUAUACAGAGAAUUGGAAGCGGGACCUACGGAGAUGUAUACAAGGCUCGGAAUGUCACCACAGGGGAGCUGGCGGCCAUCAAGGUCAUCAAACUGGAGCCCGGGGAGGACUUUGCGGUGGUGCAGCAGGAGAUCGUCAUGAUGAAGGACUGCAAGCACUCGAACAUUGUGGCCUACUUUGGCAGUUACUUAAGGAGAGAUAAAUUAUGGAUAUGUAUGGAAUAUUGCGGGGGAGGGUCCCUACAAGACCUAUAUCAUGUAACGGGGCCUCUCACAGAAUCACAAAUAGCCUACGUUUCUCGAGAAACUCUUCAGGGUCUCUACUAUCUACACAACAAAGGCAAAAUGCACAGAGACAUAAAGGGAGCAAACAUACUGUUGACAGACAACGGGUACGUCAAACUAGCUGACUUCGGCGUCUCGGCCCAAAUCACGAUGACCAUUGCCAAGAGAAAAUCCUUCAUCGGCACACCUUACUGGAUGGCACCCGAGGUGGCAGCCGUGGAGAGGAAGGGUGGGUACAACCACCUGUGCGACAUCUGGGCUGUGGGCAUCACCGCCAUCGAGCUGGCAGAGCUGCAGCCUCCCAUGUUCGACCUUCACCCGAUGAGAGCCCUGUUUUUGAUGACCAAAAGUAACUUCCAGCCGCCCAAGUUGAAAGACAAGGUGAAGUGGACCAGUAAUUUCCAUCAUUUUGUAAAAAUAUCGUUGACGAAAAAUCCAAAGAAAAGGCCCUCCUCUGACAAGCUGUUGCAGCAUCCCUUUGUCUCGCAACCCCUGAGUCGCACGCUGGCCAUCGAGCUCUUGGACAAGGCCAGCAACCCGGACCACUCCUCCUACGACGACCACUUAGAUGACGAGCCCGAGGAGCCCGAGGAGCCCCAUGUAUCAGUGCCGCAUCGGAUUCGCUCUGGGAACACACGAGAAGGGAAGACCCUCUCUGAGAUAAACUUCGAUCAAGUCAAGUUUGAUCCCCCGCUUAGGAAGGAGACUGAACCUCAUCACGAACCAGCACCCGACUCUGAUGAUUUUUUGGACUGUGUGGAAGAACAAUACUACACUGCAAGAUCUAACAUGGACUUGCAGAUGGAUUACGAAGAGGGAUCUCCCAAAAGCUCCUUCUUGGGAGGGCAUAAGAGUCUUCUGAAAUCGGUGGAGGAGGAGCUAAACCAGAGGGGACACGAGACUCAUUUAGAUGACGACGAUGAUGAUGGUGGUGGUGGUGGUGAUGAUGAUUGUGGUGAUGAUGAUGGUGGUGACCAUGAUGAUGAAAUGCAACAUGCCAAGGGCUCCACAAUGCGACCCAAAGAGCCUCCACCACCGCCUCCCAACGUCAAGCCCAUCCCCAUUCCACAGGAUGGUGCCAACUCCCACGCUCACCAUGGCUCCCCCACGCACCAUGGCUCCCCCGGUCUCUACGGCUCCCCCGGUGACCAUGACGACCACGGGGGAACCAUAAAGCGUUGUCCAGCCGCCGAGAGCCCCGCCCGCUCUGCCACCCAUGUGCCGCCCAGGCCGCCGCCCCCCAGACUCCCCCCGCACAAGCAGCUUAGCUUAGGCAAUGGGUUCAGCCUGUCAGAAGUGACUAGGGAUGCUGGUGGUGCCGGGAAGCAGUCUACUAUGCCACCUAGUGUCACCACGAGGAAGGACAGGAAAGAGAUUCCGAAACCAAUCAGUAAUGGCCUUCCCCCCACGCCAAAAGUCCACAUGGGUGCCUGUUUCUCCAAAGUCUUCAAUGGCUGCCCUCUAAAGAUCCACUGUGCGGCGUCUUGGAUCAACCCCGACACGAGAGACCAGUACCUGCUAUUCGGCGCCGAAGAGGGCAUUUACACUUUAAAUCUCAACGAACUGCAUGACUCCUCCAUGGAACAGCUCUUUCCCCGGAGGUGUACCUGGCUUUAUGUCAUGAGUAAUAGUUUGCUCUCCAUAUCUGGAAAAGCCUCGCAGCUCUACUGUCACAAUCUGGCGGGUCUGUAUGAGCAUGCUCGACAGAUGCAGAAGCUGCCAAUGGCCAUCCCCACCCACCGGCUCCCAGACAAAAUCAUUCCAAGGAAAUUUUCCAUCUCCAAUAAGAUUCCCGACACCAAGGGAUGUCAGAAGUGCUGUGUGGUGAGAAACCCUUACACGGGCCACAAGUACUUGUGUGGGGCCUUCCAAUCCAGUGUGGUCAUGUUGGAAUGGGUGGAGCCCAUGCAGAAGUUCAUGCUCAUCAAGAACAUUGACUUUCCCCUGCACUGCCCGAUGGAGGUGUUUGAGAUGCUUGUGGUGCCCGAGCACCAGUACCCCCUCAUCUGUAUGGGCGUCAGCAAGGGCACGGAGCUCAACCAGGUGGUAGGCUUUGAGACACUGGACCCCAACACCGCUUGCCCCUGGCUCAAAGAGUCCGACACUCCACAGACCUGUGUUAUCCAUGUGACUCAACUGGAAAGAGACACCAUUCUUGUCUGCCUGGAUCGAUCCAUUAAGAUUGUAAAUCUGCAGGGGAGGCUGAAGUCCAGUAGAAAGCUUUCAGCCGAGCUGACGUUUAAUUUUCAGAUUGAGUCGAUAGUCUGCCUUCAAGACAGUGUUCUGGCUUUCUGGAGACAUGGCAUGCAAGGACGGAGUUUCAAAUCUAAUGAGAUUACACAGGAGAUUUCCGACAACACCAGGAUAUUCCGACUCCUAGGAUCAGACAGGGUUGUGGUGCUGGAGAGCAGACCCACAGACAAUCCUACAGCGCACAGCAACCUAUACAUCCUGGCUGGACACGAGAACAGUUACUAAUCACCCUGUGCCCUGGGAACCAGGGUCCUGUUCAGUAGGCACACAACUUUCUGAAACGGAGUGAUACAGGGAUGUACUAUCUGAACCUGUCCAAUAAGAAACCUUCGUUUUCAUUGUCGGUUGCAAAACAUUUCCAUUGUAUGCCUUAAUGAACAUGGCCCAGGGUUGGUUUCAGUUACAUUUUAAGAGAUUAUGAAUCUGAAUUAAAUUCAGUCAUUGGAAAUUGCAAUUAGGUUUAUUUUUCUAUUCAUAAAUUGGAAUUCAUGUCCUGAAAUGAAACUAUGGAACUGACCCCAUCCCUGAUGGGAACAGAAUAUGAUGAGGAGGACAUGUCUGCCUCUGCAUCUGAGACCAAGGAGUUGCAAUCGGACCAUUCAUCGAGCAAGCGACCUUGGAUGUGUCCUGUUUUUAAUUUAAUCUUAUGAUUUUAAUUGAAAGUCGACAUUUAUAGUAACACAAACCCACAUUCCCACACCCACCUAUGUGCUUGACAGAUGUGUUUGUAAUUAAUGUAAAUAGUAUAUUGAGGUUGUACACUAUGAGUAUGUCAUGUAGAUAACCGUUUUGCAUAUAUUUUGUACAGUUGCCCCCCAACUUUGAGAGAUAUAAAGAGUUGUUGUCUAAUCAAUGUGGGGUACUACUUUUAAGGGCUUGUCAAGCAAUGUAAUUUUACAAAACUUAGUAGUAGGACGUCAAAGAGCACAGUGGCUGUUCAUUUUUAUCAUGAGUUGCCUUUUUUUAUAUGUUAGACUCAUUUUAAUAUCAAGCCAUAUGCAAUGUCAUAUUAUUUUCACACACUUUAAUUCCAACCCCAUAGAAAGUUGUCAAUGCUCAGAUAUGCACUGGCUGUGAAAUUUGCACAUAGUUGUACGCAAUAAAACACUUUAUUCGUACAUUUAAGGUAUGGUUAGGUUGUGCUUAUAGUAUUUGCAUGAGUGCAUAAGAAUACAUCAUACUAUACACUUCAGAUGUAAACUCAGACAAAUUUAACCAAGCAAUAUAAGGUUUCUUUUUGACAUACACAGCAAGCUCUUGUUAAAACUGCAGUGAAAUUUAAGAGAAUCUGGGCAAUUGUACCAUCUUAGAAUCCCUUUCCUUAUGGUGGCCAAUGAGUUGAAUGCUGAAUGUUUGCCAAAUUGCAUUGUUCAUAUUCUUUGUUAUGGUGUUUGAGCGUCAUAGUAAGACCUCUACCUCGUGCAUUGGGGAGUCAGUGGGAAUAUGUAGGGCCAAAUUGAACAUGUAACACUAAAUGUCGGUUGUUGACUCCAUGUAGCAUGCACAAGUAAAGGAGGGUAUGAUGAAGUAUAAGGAUCUUCUCACUUGGUUUCUUUCCAUAUUGCUUUUGUGUCAUGUAAAUACAGUCAAAUAAAAUGGCUUAAUUGUGCCUGUACAACUGCCAAUAUUUGGACAAGUUACAUAUUAAACAUUUUAACUCACGAUGGGCUAAAUUGAUUGACUGAUGAGCCAUAGGAAGCCUGUUUUUUUUAUCCUACAUUUUUGACGGUAUGAUGAAGUAUAAGGAUCUUCUCACUUGGUUUCUUUCAAUAUUGCUUUUGUUUCAUGUAAAUACUGUAAAAUAAAAUUGUUAAAUUUUGCCUGUACAACUGCCUACUUUUGGACAUGUUACAUAUUAAAAUGUUUAACUCAU